GAGAGGGAAAACAGGGUGAUGUGUGUGCUGCGAAGUCAAAGCUGGGUGGGUCUACACUCUUUUCACAUUCCCAAAUCAGUCCCGGGCCCGUGCGUCACAUCACUCUCAGUUUUCAGAAGGCAACGAUGUUGAUGCUGGCUGGAAUCGUUGUUCUGCACAUCACCACCAUCAUCCUGCUCCUGGUGGCCGCCAUUGAUAAUGCCUGGUGGAUCACCAACACUGUGUCAACCGACUUGUGGGGCAGGUGGGAGUUGACCAACUCAGCCUGGCAUUACUCCAACCUGAAAGACUACCCCGAGGAAUACCUCCAGGCGGUGCAGGCCACCUCCGUGCUGGCCUGCAUUUUCGCCAUUCUGGCCUUGCUCGUGUUUGUGGCUCAGCUGUUCACCCUGCCCAAGGGCCAGAGGUUCACCUUCACCGGCAUUUUGCAACUAAUUGCCUGCCUGUGCAUAAUGAUAGCAGCCUCGAUCUACACGGCCAAGCUCCACGCCAACGACACGGUGGGGGGCUACGGACACUCCUACGUGCUGGCCUGGAUCUCCUUUGUGCUCACCUUCAUCUUAGCCAUCACCUACCUCAUCCUGCGGAAGAAGAGCGAGUGAGAGGACACCAGGACCUAGGUCAGGCCUGGGAUCACCAUCCCGGUUUGAAUUUGGGGAAUUAAAAGGAAUUAAUAAAUUGGGGGUCGGGGUGGGACGUAAAGAUUUAUGAACUACAUCUGCAGCUAGGAAAAGGGGUGGGGGGAAUAAUGUUAAAUUACUUAAGAGCCAUUUGUUUAUAUUUUGAAUACUAUAAAUUGAAAUGGAGCUCAUGCUUACAUUACACUAAGGGCUGAACUUGACAAUUUUACUUUAGAGAUUUCUAUUAGAUUAUAAAAGGGAGAGGAGCGCAGUGUGGGCUAAAAACACUGAUGAGGAGGGUGCUCAUUUCAUAGCAGUAUAACCAUAAAAUAAUGAAUGAAGCAAUGGUGUUUUGAAAUUCCGUUACAUAUACAAUUGAAGAAUAGUCCAUAUCAAUUAUGAAGAGGACUAGUUUGACAUUUUCAGAAAUAUAUAGGAUUUCUUGCAGAGAGGGUUGAUGUCUUGUAUCUGUGCAUUUAAUUGUAAUGCUGCUGGUAGCAGAGGGAUAGCUUAGCAUAAAAACUGGAAACAGCUAGUUUAAAAGCAAAGUGUAAAUAUGAGCCACGUGUAGACCUAAACCAAACAAGAGAAAAAGUGCUGGUUUGUGGACUUACCAGUCACUUUGCUAAGCUAGCCCACUGCUGCGGAUAGCUUCACGUUUACCAAACAUAGUGAGUAGUAUCAUUAUUCUCAUCCAACUCUGCAAGAAAGAAAAGAGAAAUACUUCUAAUAAACUGCUCCUUCACAUUAUUUUGUUUUUUAAUCGAACAAAGUUGACCAUGUGGGAGGAGGAAAGCCAUUUUGAUAUUAAGUAGUUGAAAACACUCUGAGAUGAAAGUGCUUAUCAUCCUGUAUAAUAUUGUGGUGAGGCAGACAGCCACUACUGCAGCUUUCCAGAUUGAAGGAGUGGAAAAUGAAAGAAAUGCUGCAUCUGUGAACGUACAGCAUGUUGGCAAAAUGACAACAGUCCUGUUGCAGUACUUGAACAACCAGCAAAGACCAGCCUCAAUAUACAGCACAAGUAGUUUUAAUCAUGUAUCCUCAUUUUACAACUGAAGUAUAGUGUUUCCCUUUUUUUUAUCCAUGUACAUUGUAACCAUUAUAUUUUUGUAACAUUUUGUAUUUCUUUUACGUUUAAUUUGUGUCUGUAGUUGGCUGCUAUCAUAAUAAAAGUACAUGCAAUGUGUACAUGUGACAAUUUAGUGAACCAGGAUGGAGGUCAAUGUUGUUUUAUUUUACCAUAAUGCAAAACUAUGCAAUAGGUUUUUUUUGUAAUUACAUUGGAAUUCAAGCCAUAUCAUUUAAUAAAACAAAUUAUAACAACGGC